AUGUGGGAACUCCGGUCCAUAGCCUUCUCCAGGGCAGUGCUCGCAGAGUUCCUGGCCACACUCCUCUUUGUCUUCUUUGGCCUCGGCUCAGCCCUCAACUGGCCACAGGCCUUGCCCUCUGUGCUGCAGAUCGCCAUGGCCUUCGGCCUGGCUAUCGGCACCCUGGUGCAGGCUCUGGGCCACGUCAGCGGGGCCCACAUCAACCCUGCUGUGACUGUGGCCUGCCUGGUGGGCUGCCACGUCUCCUUUCUCCGUGCUGUCUUCUACGUGGCUGCCCAGCUGCUGGGGGCUGUGGCCGGGGCUGCCCUGCUCCAUGAGAUCACACCACCAGAUAUCCGAGGGGACCUGGCUGUCAAUGCCCUCAGCAACAACUCGACAGCUGGCCAGGCGGUUACUGUAGAGCUUUUCCUGACACUGCAGCUCGUGCUCUGCAUCUUCGCCUCCACCGAUGAGCGCCGUGGAGACAACGUGGGCACCCCUGCCCUCUCCAUCGGGUUCUCUGUGGCCCUGGGCCACCUCCUUGGGAUCCACUACACUGGCUGCUCCAUGAAUCCUGCCCGCUCCCUGGCUCCAGCUAUCGUCACCGGCAAGUUUGAUGACCACUGGGUGUUCUGGGUGGGGCCCAUCGUGGGGGCUGCCACGGCUGCCAUCAUCUACUUCUACCUGCUCUUCCCCCACUCCCUGAGCCUGAGUGAUCGUGCGGCCAUCCUCAAGGGCACGUAUGAGCCCGACGAGGACUGGGAGGAGAACCGAGAGGAGCGGAAGAAGACCAUGGAGCUGACCGCCCACUGA